AUGGGGAAAGACAGACGAGAGAUGGUUCGGAUCGUCGCUGAAGAUUACCUCCAUAAACACCCAGGAAGACCUGGUAGACAAAAGCUGAGGGAACUCGCCAGUAUGAUUGUAGGACAAUAUCCUGCCUCCUUCAAGCUGACAGAGCCGUUUGGAAACAAACCUUUUGCAAAAGAUGGUUCUGAAACUCUCUUUCGUCAGCUGGAACACAGAAUUGAAAAUAUGAAGAAGCCACAAAGCUCACUGAAGAGGCAAGCAGGGGGUGAAAAUUCAACAAAGAAAAGGCCCAGGAAUUCAGAUCUGUAUGGAUGUGUGGCGUGGGAUCCAAUCAUUGAGGGGCCGUGUGUAGAAGACCUGCUGUCUAAACGAGAUGAGUUGAAACGUGCCUUUCAAACCCAGGAUCUUCAGGAGUCAUCUGUUCGAAAAUUGAUGACUGAAACAUAUCCCAUUCAGCGUGAAAUCCUCAACGAUGAUGAUACCACUAUUGCCGUUGUAAAGGACGAGUGGCCGUUCCUGUUUGAAGUUCCUCACCUGUUUGAUCAUGCAUCUAAACUCCUUGGCUUCUCUGUACAAAACAAGCUGUCACAGAUCUCUGCAGAUCCUGAAGUCGAACUCCCAGUGACCCCAUGCAUCCUAAUCAGAGGUGACCAGCAAUUCAAGAUUGCUGUUGAUGGGUUACUUGUCAAUGACCACAUCACCUCUCCCAUUGUGGCCUUGAGCUACGUCUUCUCCAUGUUUUAUGUCUGCAACGUCCAAUACCCACCGGAGAUGGCUUUUACUCUCGAAUUCAUGCAAAGAGUUUUCUUUGGGGUCAAUCCUGAGCGAGGCUCCAAGGCAGAGAAGAAGGGGAAGAAACGGCACUUCAUUCCUCCACAGGUGUGCAAGCUGGUUUCUCAGCUGAAGGAAUUUGAAUGCAAGCAGAAGGAAUCUGAAUGGGCCAUUUGAGCUGUUCUCAGAGCUCAGAAAAUACCUUUUGGACUGAAUGUACACACACACACACACACACACACACACACACACACACACACACAAAAAGGCAAAUCCAAAAACAUGGGGCUUGGGAGUAGAAAUACAGAUUUUUACAGUAUUAGGUGAGUUCAGAUGUUUUAACUAGAUGCCCACAACACACAUGCUGCAGUUUCAAAUCCCCCAUGUUAAGGGGGAGGGAAGGUGGGCGAUAUUUGUCAUUCCGUUAAGCUUUUCCUGUCAUUGUGGAGUUGGAGGUG